GAGCUCAGCAACAUGGCAGCACAGAGCACUCUCAGCGACUGACUUCUACUGCGGGGAGUAGUUUAGCACAGCGGGGAACGUGAACGCACCACGACCGCAGAGAACCCGGUGUGUUUAGUACAGUUCAGGUUUUGCAUGCUGUGCUGUGAGCCUGUCAGCGGUUCUCUGAUCCCCGGUUUGCCGUCAGUAGGGGCGCUGGACGUUUCCUCCCUGCUCUUCCACGAUGGCCAGCGAAGAGGACGACCCCAUUAUACAGGAGAUCGACGUGUACCUCGCCAAAAGUCUGGUGGAUAAGCUGUACCUGUUCCAGUAUCCCGUCCGUCCUGCCACCAUGAGCUACGACGACUUCGCUCAUUUAUCUGCCAGAAUUAAACCCAAGCAGCAGAAGGUCGACCUCGAGGUGGCCAUCGACACCACGAGUCCCAACUACUGUCGCAGUAAAGGCGAGCAGAUCGCCCUGAACGUGGACGGCACGACUUUGGAGGACUCCAGCACUUACUCUGUUAAAAUGAUGGACAAGCAAACGUUCUCGUCCAUACAGGCGACUACCAACACCAGUCGCUACGCCGCCGCGGUGUUCCAUAAAGGAGAGCUUCAUCUCACGCCCCUACAGGGGAUCCUUCAGAUGAGACCCAGCUUCUCUUAUCUGGAUAAAGCUGACGUGAAACAUAAAGAGAGGGAGGCGGCUAACGAAGCUGGAGACUCGUCUCAGGAUGAAGCAGAAGACGACGUGAAGCAGAUCACCGUUCGGUUUUCCAGACCGGAGUCCGAACAGGCUCGUCAGCGCCGGAUCCAGUCCUACGAGUUCCUGCAGAAGAAACAGGCAGAAGAACCCUGGGUCCAUUUACAUUACCACGGUCUAAAGGACGGCCGAUCAGAACAUGAACGUCAGUAUCUGUACUGCCAAGCCAUGGAUUCUCACGAGAACACGGAGCUGGUGAAAACACCCAGUGAGUAUCUCGCCAUGCUUAUGCCUCCACUCGCAGAGGAAAAGACAACGAGGCCGGUGGGCCCCAGUAACGUUCUCUCCAUGGCUCAGUUAAGAACGCUGCCGCUGGGUGAUCAGGUGAAGACCCUGAUGAAGAACGUUAAGGUGAUGCCAUACGCCAAUCUGAUGGGGCUGCUGGCAUCGGGCACUGACUCCACCGCAGUACUGCGCUGCAUCCAGCAGGUGGCGAUGCUCGUUCAGGGGAACUGGGUGGUCAAGAGUGAUGUUUUGUAUCCCAAGUCCACCUGCAGUCCCCACAGUGGUGUUCCUGCAGAAGUGCUGUGUAGAGGCCGUGACUUUGUGAUGUGGAGGUUCACACAUGAGCGCUCACUGAUGAGAAAAGAAGUUACAGCCGUUAUAAAGUUGCCCCCCGAGGACGUGAAGGACUUCCUGGAGCAAAUGGCCGUACCCCGAGCGAACCGAGGCUGGGAUUUCCUGCUGCCCACCGACCACGACUUCAUCAAGAAGCACCCGGACGUGGCUCAGAGACAACACAUGCUGUGGCUGGGCAUCCAGAACAAGUUGGAAAAGGUGUUUAACUUCUCGAAGGAGGACUUCCUGCAGAAGAAAUCAUCUCGCAGCGAACCCGUUCACGUCAGCGGUGAGCAGCGUCUGAAGACGGCCCGAGAGAACGCCCAGACUCACCACACCACCCUGCAGAGGGACCUGGAUGCCCGGAGGUUAAAGGCGUCGUCCUCCGCCCCACCCAGCGCCGAGGUGCGAAUCAAAGAAGAACCCGUGAGCGACCCCGAGGAGUCCAUGGACACGUCCGGUUCCGUCCCGAACGGAGCUCACAACGGCUACCCCUCAUCCGACUCCCCUAACAGAGAGCCCGGGGCCCCUCAGACUCCCACCCCGGAGCUCCGGGACUUUGUACGGAACACUUUCAGGAAACACCACGUGCUGUGCCUCAGCGAGGUGAAGCGGCUCUUCAACCUGCACCUGGCCAGCCUGCCCACGGGACACGGGCGCUUCGGACACGUGACUGACCGCAUGCUGCACGACACCGUCCUCCACUGCGACUGCAAACAGAUCCUAGUGCCUUUUCCCCCUCAGAGCAGCGCUAGUGCAGACGAACAGAAAGUCUACGGUCUAUGGGAGAGCGGUGAGACCUUCGAUAAGCACCGUCAGGUUCUGUUCGAGAUCUUUAUGAAGAACUACCGCGUGAGGAGGAACGUGAUUCAGUCGCGGCUCACGCAGGAACUCGGUGACGCCGUGACCAAGGCCGACGUGGACAAGCUGCUCAAGGAGUGCUGCACCAGUUUAGGAGGAAUGUGGUACCUGAAGGGCACCGUGCAGUCAUGACAGUAGUGCAACCAACCCGAGGUGCCCUGAACCCGAGGGGUCGUGCCAAUCGAACCCGUGUCCUGGUGAGUCCGGUGAGCUCUGCACGAGGAGACGAAGAGCCGAACCACGGAUCUCUCACUGAAAUCCCCCCCCCCCCCCCCCCCCGAGCUGAAUCAGAACCACCCCGGAGGACCCGGAGGUUCCUGCUGCUCCAGGACGCUUCAUUUCUCAUUUUUGGUUUUUUGUUUGUUGUUUUUUUGCCUUUCUGGACGUUUAACCGACGGUAACCAAACCAGAAGAUGUUAAAGAAACGUUCAGGAUCAUAAACGAUUGACGGUCGGUGCUGGACGUGGCUCAGAUCCUACACACGUCUUUAGUUCAUUAAUAAAAGAAAAUUCUGUUUGUUUUCUAAUCCAGGAGUAGAGUUCAUUAAUAAAGAUGACUGGACUGUAA